GUUGGAACAGAGACGACUGAGGAUGCUUAAUCUGCAGUGGCUGUAGGAAAAUAUUUUCUUUUCUUGAGUUGCUGCAAAAAUGCUGAGAACUUGAUAAUUAACCAGCAAACACACUGGAUUCUGGAAGGCUUUUUAAUGGAGAAAAGACAAAUAGUGUUGCCUCUCACUGUUCACCUACUCGCCAGUACAGGCGACUCGCUGACAGUGCAACAAGCUGUUGACCAGCUUCUACAUGUGCUAUGUCCCAAUGUACUACUGUUUCUGGUUUCAGAACGAACUGUACCAGUUAUGUCAUAUGGAUGUCAUAAGAAAAAGUUUGAAUUUCCAGGAGUUUCUGUGACACUCUUUCUCCAUGAAGACUUGGGGGAGGAAAGGAUAAGUCGUAUUUAUGACUAUUUCCAGCUAUCCCCUUGGAAUCACAUCAACACAGAAAUGAAACAGAGAAGAAUCAGUGACUUUAAUCAAGCUCCUGAUGAUUUUUAUAGUAUAGAUACACACAUGCCUGUUUGGGGAAUAAGACAGGUUCAUUAUGGAACAGAAAUUGUGAGACUUACCCUGUACUGUAGCUUUGACAAUUAUGAUGAAGCCGUGAGCCUUUAUGAAACGAUCUUGCAGAUGGAAGCAGCUAGCCAGAAAACUGGAUUUUGCUUCUUUGUAUUGUAUUCCACAAAGGAUAUAUCUAUCCAGCUAUCCUUGAAACAACUUCCUCCAGGGAUUUCUGCAGAAGUUAAAGAUGCAUGCGCCCUACAGUUCAUGGUUCAUGCUAUAGGCCAGUUGGUUCCGUUGUUGCCAUAUCCUUGUGUGCCAAUCAGUGACACAAGAUGGCAAACUCAAGAUUAUGAUGGCAAUAAGAUCUUGCUGCUGGUUACUGAUGGUACUACUGUGACCAAAGACCAGUUGGACAACAAAGACGAUACCCCACAAACAUUUUCAUUCAUGAGGCUACCCAGAACCUUGAAGAGUCAGAAGCAUAUUAAUGUGGGUCAUUGUAAACAGAAGCAUACUUCUAACAUAUUAUGCAAUACAUCAGAUCACACUAGAGACUCAUAUUUGUGUAGUAGAUGGCCUGAAAAACUUGUGUCUAAGAUUGACCUGCAGUUUAAAGAAACAGAGACAAAUGUGGAUACUGGAUAUACUGCAGUGAAUCUUAGAGACCAACAAGCUUUUCUUAACAUAUUUUCAACGGAUCACAAUAUGCCAAUUUCUGAGGAUAGCUCCUCGUUUCGUGCAGGUUGUAAAGCACCUAUAUUCUUGCCAACUGUGCAUGAAGAUUCUUUCACCAAAUCAGCAGCAAAAAGGAACAAAGGAUUUGAUACAGGGAACAAAAUGUUUCACAUGGAAAGUUUGCAGAUGCACAAUUGUAAUAGCAAACUACAGGAAGAUGCAUUUUAUAUCUGACUGAUCACAGACUGUGCUACCUUAUUUUAGAAUGUUCAUAAGGACAAAUUGUAUUAUAUUUUUGAGAUAGAAACAUAGAACUCUAUCAUGAGUCCUACAUUUCUGCACUGAUUUACCUCCACAUUAAAGAAUAAAAAAAACCUGUUUUAUUUGUUUGUUAUAUUAAAUAUAUCCAUAUAUAUAAUUUGUGUUUAUAACUUUCCUUUUCAUUGGCUUCUUAAAUUGCUAAAUUGAAAAGAGCCAUAUCUAGUGCCAGAAAUUCUUCCAGUGUGGUGACUGAUACACGUUGGAAUACAUUACUCUUUAAGAAUUAAUGUGAUGUAAUCACAAAAUCUAAUGCUAUAUAUGAAUAUAAAAAGUGUACAAUGAAUAUAAUUGUGCUGUUUCAAUAUUAAUAAAUGAUAUAUGCUGUUAUGCACAGUA